AUGGAACAAGAUGUUAUAAAUUUGAAAAACCAUACUACUCAAUAUAAAGUACUGAAAGAUGAAGAGAUAAAACAAAAAGCCAUGAAGACAUAUAUGGAUAGCGAUGAGUAUAAAAAAGAAGUUGAAGCAAAUGUAAAGGCAGAAAAACUUUUACAGUUGCAAAACCAAACCGUACAGUAUGAAAACUUAGCACAAGAAAGUAAAAAUAACGACGCAGCCAUGCAAAAGGCAAUGAAAAGCGCAGAAUAUAUAAAAGCUAAUAAUGACUGGUUAGAUGCCCAAGCCAACGCUAAAGCAGCCCAACUUAUAGGGUCAAUAAGGACAAAAAUACAAGCGGAUGAAGACAGUUCAAAUGAAGCUUUAAUGAAUGCUGACUUUAAGAAUGCCUUCGAAGCUCUUCAUAAUAAGGUGAAACUAGUGAACGACUUCUCAUCUGGAAAGAAACUGAAGUCUGAAGGUUUCGACAAAGAGUUAAGAGAAGUAGCACAAAAUAUGACGAAAAUAACAGAUGCAGCAACGAGACAGGCAGUUCAAAGUGCCUAUGACGCCGUUAGAGCAACUGUUGUGGAAAGUCAAGAAAAAGAGUUACAACAGACCAAAACAGACCUAGUAAAUGCUUUCUUAAAAACGAAAAGUCAGGUAGGACAUUAUGCUGCAGAUGGAACAUAUGUGCCAGCUGGUGGAACUUAUAUACCACCAAACCCUCCAAGAGAAGCACCUGCACCAGGACUACCUAAAACAUUUACAUCGUCACAUGGACACAGACACAGGCAUGCACCACAACAACAACCAAAACCAACAGUUCAAAAUCCAGCACCACAACAACAACCAAAACCAACAGUUCAAAAUCCAGCACAGCAACCAACAGUUCAAAAUCCAGCACCACAACAACAACCAACACAGCAACCAACAGUUCAAAACCCUGCACAACAACCACCUCCACAACCAGCACAACAACCACAAACAGAGCAAGGACAUAAAAGAAGUAGAGAAAAAGGAAACCAAGAAUUCUUAAAAAUGCUUAAGGAAGAUUAUG